AUGUCAACGAAAUUAUCAUCUCGUCCAACUCAGCAACAGAUGCAAGAGCUGGUUGAGUUGUUAAAACUUGACCCUCAACUUGUGUCUGGAAGGCUUACGUCUACUUUCACCCAAAAAGUCGCGCAAAAACGUUGGGAAGCAAUUGCAGAAACGCUUAAUGCUUUACCCGGCGUCAAUAAAUGCUGGAAUAAAUGGGGUACUGGAGGUGGACCACCAACUGCAUCAAUGUUAAAUGAUGCUGAGGAAAGUGCUCUCCCGCUAAUUAUGCCAGUUGCAAUAUCAGGUCAUUCUCUGUCAUCUGCAUCUCAUGCAGAAUUUUCAUUUGAACUUGAGCAAUUAGUUACUGAUGAGUUUACGGACAUAUACGAUUUAUUGGCAAAAACUCCAUCAAGUCCUGAUCUUUUCCCUUCCUCUUCUUUCCAAACAAAUGAAGCUCCUAUUACUUCUGUUGAAAACAAUCAGUCUGCUUGCAAAAUUAUUAAGGAAGUUGAGAAAAAUGACAACAUCCAAUCUUUCCCUUGUCCAGUGUUCCCUAAACCUAAUCUGUCAAUUAAUUCCUCAUGUCAUGGUCCGCAAUCUUCAAUUUCUAGUAAACGCACAUCAUCAGCUGCCCGGUUAGAUGAAGGUAAUGUUAUUGCUAACAGGUUGGCAGACUUGGGAGAACGAAAACUGUUGGCCAAACAUAUUGGGACCAACAACUUAAACUUUUGGCAGAAAAAAAUGAAUAUUUGA